UUAAAUAUUUUAAUAUUUAAAUAGAAUUUGAUUUUUAAAAGUUUAAAACCUUAUUUAUAUUUGUAUUAAUUUCAAAAAUUUGGCACUCAGUACAUUUUUAUAAAAAAUAAUUUACUAUUAACACAAUGGAAGUGAAUGUUGAUAAUCAUUUAGAUUCAGAGACUAAGGAAAUUCAAAUACAAUCUGAGGAAAAAGUAAAUGAAAUCUUACCGGUAAAAAAAGAAAAUCAAACGGAAUCAGUAGAAUCGGGAACCGAAGAAAUUCAAAUAAAAUCUGAGGAUAAAGACAGAGAAAUAGAUCCAGAAGAGAAAGAAAAUAAAUCUGAAUCAGUCGUAAAAGAAGAUCCUUUUGCUUAUUUAGAUCGGGAUGAUUUUACUUCUGAAAAGUAUAAAAUAGAAAUAAGAAACCUUCCAAAACAUUAUGGAAUUGCCGAGUUCAAGAAAUUGAUCAAUGUUAAGUUGGAAUUAAAUUGCUCCAAAGUUAAAACCCCUAACCGUAAUGGAAAGUGGCUCUAUAUGUGUUUUCGUUCUGAAGAAGACAAAAAUACAGCUCUGAGUGUUUUAAAUGGAUAUAAUUGGAAAAACACAAAGUUAGAUGCUAGUAAUGCCAAAGCUGUACCUGAUCCAUUAGUAAAAAAACGUAAUGAACAAUUUGAUGAUUGUUCAGUGCUAAAGAAAAUUAAAUUGGACAAUAUUGGCGCGGAACAACAGAUGAUAAGUUCUGUGACACCUCUAUAUAACAUAUCUUAUGAAGAGCAAUUAAUCCAAAAAACUAAUUCAAUUAAAAAUGUUCUUAUGGAUUAUAGUAGACGGUUGAAACGAAUUAAGUGUGGUCAAGGUAUACUUGAUUGGUUAAAAAAACAGCAAAAUUUAAAUAAUGGUCUUCCAUGUGAACUUUUGGAAAUACAAAGUCUUAAAAAUGAUUCAGAGAAAUGUGUUGGUUAUAGAAAUAAAUGUGAAUUUACUAUAGGUAUGGAUGUAGAAAACAAAGAACCAAUUGUUGGUUUUCGUGUUGGUGCUUAUAACCAGGGAAAAACUAGUGUUGCUCCUAUUGAUAAUAUUUUAAAUGUACCUCAACGUAUGAAAAAUGUUGUUAAAUGUUUUCAAGAUUUAGUCAGAUCUUCUAAAGUUCCUGUAUUUGAUCCUGAAAAUUAUACAGGUCAUUGGCGUCAGUUAACUGUAAGACUGAGCCUAAAAACUGGACAAUUGAUGUUAAUUUGUGUAGUUCACACAGAAAACAUGGAGGACUCUGCCAUAAACUCUUUAAAACAAUUAAUCUUCAGUUAUUUUACUGAAGGGGCUGGAAUUGAUUGUAAAGUGGAUUCUCUUUACUUCCAAAAGGCAAAAAAAAGAGCCGCUGGGGAAGGAAAUUCAUUUCCCUUAGAAUUGUUACAUGGACAAGGAUAUAUCAUCGAAGAAGUGAAAGGUCUUAAGUUGAGAAUUUCACCUGAAUCGUUUUUUCAAAUUAACACAGCUGCUUCUGAAAUAUUGUUUGAUGCUGCUAAAGAUCUAGCUUCUAUUAAUUUACAAACUACAGUUUUAGAUGUUUGUUGUGGUUCUGGUACAAUAGGUCUAUCUAUAGCUAAGGAUUGUGCUCAAGUAAUUGGUGUAGAAAUUCAAGAAGAAGCAGUUAAUAUGGCAAAAUUAAAUGCCACUGAAAAUGGUAUCACAAAUGCAAUAUUUUUUGCUGGAAAAGCUGAAGAAGUAAUGAACAAACGUGAAUUUCAGAACCCAGAGAACGCUAAUGAUGUAGUUGCAAUAGUUGAUCCACCCAGAGCAGGAUUACAUAACAAAGCAAUUUUGCUUCUACGAAGGAUGACACAUUUGAAACGAUUAGUAUAUAUGUCGUGUAACCCUAAAGGUGCUAUGCAAAACUUUUUAUCAUUGUCUAUGGCUGAAUCUAAAACCAAACAAGGUGCUCCAUUUGUACCAGUGAAAGCUGUUCCUGUUGAUAUGUUUCCACAAACACCACAUUGUGAACUAAUAGUGUAUUUUGAACGACUUGAAAAUUAAAUUUUUUUGGUGGGCUAAAAAUCAAUUAUAAUUGCUUUAUUUAUAAAAAAAAUAAAUGUUUAAAAAUUUA